AUGAAUAAUUUUAGUGAUGAUUUAUACCCAUUAGCUUUGUUAAUGGAUGAAUUGAAACAUGAUGACGUUUCUAAUAGAGUAGAGGCGAUGCAAAAAUUGGACACCAUUGCUAUUGCCUUGGGACCAGAACGAACAAGAAAAGAAUUAUUACCAUUUCUUAACGAUGUUGCUCAAGAUGAUGAAGAAGAAGUUUUUGCCGUUUUGGCAAAUAAAUUGGGUGAAUUUAUCCCAUUAAUUGGUGGUCAUCAAUAUUCUGAACCAUUGAUUUCUAUUUUAACUAUAUUGGCCUCAAUGGAAGAACCAUUAGUUAGAGAUAAAGCCAUUGAUUCAUUAAAUAAAAUCAGUUUGGAAUUGAGUGAUGAAGAAAUUAAUGGGAUUUUCUUGACAUUAAUACAAAAUUUGAGUCAAGGUAAUUGGUUCCUGAAAAAAAUUGCUGCUUGUGGAUUAUAUCAAUCAGUUAUUAUUAGAGUUGAUGCUACUACUAGACAAAAUUUAUUGAAAUUAUAUUUCAAAUUAGUUACUGAUGAUUAUCCUAUGGUUAGAAGAGCUAGUGCCACCAAUUUACCUCGAUUAAUUGAUUUAUUGACUGAAUUUACUGAACAUAAUCCUAAUGAUGUUAAUAAAAUUACUAAUGAAGAUUGGGAAAUAAUUUCGAAAAUGUUUCAACAUUUAAUUACUGAUGAUCAAGACCUGGUUAAAUUUUUGAGUGUUGACGUUUUAAUUUCUAUUUUAGAAUUUUUCGGGAAAAUUCAUGAAUACAGUUUUAAUGCUGAUUUCUUAUCUAGUGCAUUAAAAUUAAUUCAAGAUGAAAGUUGGAGAGUUAGAUAUACUGCCGCUGAUAGGUUUAGUAAAAUUGCUCGUAACUUCACCAAUAAUGAACUGGAUUUAUUCCAAUUGAUUGAUCCAUUUAUUUCAUUAAUGAAAGAUCAUGAAGGUGAAGUUAGAAAAGCUAUUGCUAAACAAUUGCCAGUUUUCUGUCAAUUAUUAGUGAAAUUCCCUCUGACUAAAGCCACUGUUUUAAAUAAAAUUGUCCCUGUGGCCAAUGAAUUGAGUCAAGAUCCUCAAGAAAAUGUUCGUGCUUCAUUAGCUUCCACUAUAACUGAACUUUCACCAAUUUUAGAAAAACAAGCCACUAUUGAUAAAUUAUUACCAGUGUUUUUAAUCAUGUUAAAAGAUGAAUUCCCUGAUGUUAGAUUAAAUAUUAUUUCCAACUUAUCUGUUGUUAAUGAAACCAUUGGUAUUAAUUUAUUAUCCACUAAUUUGUUACCAGCAAUCACUGAAUUGGCUCAAGAUCAUAAAUGGAGAGUUAGAUUAGCUAUUAUUGAAUACAUUCCUAAAUUAGCCAAACAAUUGGGUGAAUCAUUUUUCAAUGAAGAAUUAUUAUCAUUGUGUAUGUCAUGGUUAUGGGAUCCAGUUUAUGCCAUCAGAGAAGCUGCUGUUAAUAAUUUAAAAGAAUUGACAGUUAUAUUUGGAUCAGAAUGGGCACAAGUGGAAAUAAUCAAUCGAUUAUUAAAUCAAGGUGAUAAAAUUGAUAAUGAUGAUGGUAAUGGUGACAACAAUGAUAAUAAUGAUAAAGUUGAUUAUUCAAAUUUCAUUAUUAGAAUAACUUGUUUAUUUGCUAUUACUAGUUUAAUACCAGUUAUUGAUUAUAAAGUUUUAAUUGAUAAAGUAUUACCAUUUAUUAAUGGAUUAAUUAAUGAUUCGGUUCCAAACAUUCGGUUUAAUGUGGCUAAAUCAUAUUUAAUAUUAGUCGAAUCAUUAAUUAAUAAGAAAAAAUCGGGUCAACUAUCAGAAACAAAUGAUCAAGAAUUGAAAAAAUUCAUUGAUUCACAAGUUUUAUCAAAUUUACAAAAAUUGGAAAAUGAUGAUGAUGUUGAUGUUAGAUUUUAUUCAAUUAAAAGUAUUAAAGGUAUUAAUGAAAUUUUAACUUGA